AGUUUGUUUGGUUUGUAUAAAUUACACGGAGUGCCGAUUUCUAGAAAUGCCAUUUAAUUUUUAAUUUUACUGAAACAACAGCCCAAGCCCAGUAACCAAUUCGAAAACUAGAUUGUCGGGGCGGGCGUCGUCAUCCAAGAUCUGUGUUCGGAAUUUUACUGGUGAAUACCUUUUCUUCGGAAUUUCGAAUUCUCCUUCCAAGAUCUGUGUUCUUUGUUGGAUCGAGAAUUAAAAAAAUAAGAAAAUGAAUGAAGGUGGAUAUUCAGUCGAAGUUACGGGCUUGUCUCCGAAAGCCACAGAGAAAGAUGUCUAUGAAUUUUUCUCUUUUUCCGGUAACAUCGAACAUGUCGAAAUCAUCAGAUCAGGUGAUUAUGCUUGUACUGCCUACGUGACCUUUAAAGAUGCGUAUUCUCAGGACACUGCGUGCUUGCUCAGUGGUGCUACAAUUGUAGAUCAACGUGUAUGCAUAACACGAUGGGGGCAAUACAGAGAUGAAUUUGAUUUUUGGAACGGGUCUUCUGAAAGUCGUGAACAUGAGUCUAGUUCCAGUGUUCCACAGAGAAACCAAUUUGUUUCAGAUGCUGGAGAAGCAGUGACUAUGGCCCAGGAAGUGGUUAAAACUAUGGUGGCCAAGGGCUUUGUUCUGAGCAAGGACGCAUUGGCUAGGGCCAAAGACUAUGAUGAAUCUCAUCAAGUUUCGGCAACUGCAGCUGCUAAGGUUGCUGAGCUUAGUCAAAGAAUUGGCCUCAUGAAUACAAUCUCUGCUGGAGUUGAAGCUGCUACAUCUGUUGAUGAGAAGUACCAUGUAUCAGAGAUGACCAAAUCAGCUGUAUUAGCAACAGGAAGAACUGCCUCCGCAGCUGCAAACUUGGUUGUAAACAGUAGCUAUUUCUCGAAAGGUGCUCUUUGGGUCUCAGAUGCUCUAAAUCGAGCCUCUAAAGCUGCUGCUGAUUUGGGUGGCCGUGGUGUUCAUCAAUGAGAUGCUUUAGUAGUUGUUCUGUCUACAAAGAUUCUAGAUAGCUAGUUCACUGCUGUUGUGUAUACAAAACAAACUCGCGUACUAAGCUUUGAUGACCACACUUACAUCUGAAAGGAAAAAACUGAAUGUCAUACUAUGUGUGUAUUCUUUCUUUUUCUGUUUAUAAUAAAUCAAACGUUUUACUUUCUGCUA